AUGACGACACCUGGCCAGAAUGAGAAAACGAAGGAGACAGAAGUCUCCCGAGAUGAAUCGUGUAUGCAACUUAGUGGCGAGCAGCUCUUUGCCACGUGUCCACAUCAGCCAUCGAAACAAAAGAUCGUCGAGACAAGCGAGAGCUUAAUUGAAGGAACUUCGCAAUUGAAGACUGAGAGGGCACGUCAGGAUGUGAGUGGACCGAAGGUCCAACAUGAUAGCGCUACCAAGAAUCGGCAGAAAAAUGACAAUCAAUCUGCAAGAAACAAGCGCGACGGUCGAUCCUUCGCCAAGGUCCUAACAGCUCCAACCCAAGGAAAUACAAAUGUACCUCUGGCCAAGAAUAGUGGAGUAUUCAUGCUUCUCCUUGUUGGCCUCCCGGGAUCUGGAAAAACGACGCUGGCGUGCAGACUUUUGGAGGAGUGGCCAGAUAAAUUUGUCCGCAUCAAUCAGGACGAGCUCGGAACGCGGCGAGAAUGCGAGCGUUUGACGCGUGACGCUUUGAGCGCCGGUAAAUGCCCUGUCAUUGAUCGGUGCAACUUCGACAAGUCACAACGUCAAAAAUUUGUUUCGAUUGCGAAAGAAUUCAGCGCCGACACUCUUGUUUACUGUAUUGUUUUGGAUGUCGACCGCAAAGAAUGCAUUGAUCGCUGUCGACGCCGCACCGGUCAUCCGACCAUCAAGCCGGCGGAGGCGACAAAAAUUAUUUCAAUGGUAGCGUCGCAGUACAAGCCUCCGAAGAAAGCAGGCGUCGAAGGCCUUAACCGGGUGUACAAAACGAAUAGCACUGAUUCCGCAAUUGAACACAUUCAUGCUAUGAUUGGGUGA